AUGGCGUUGAAGGGUGGUGGUGAAAAAAACGCUAAAAGACAAAAGAGUAGUGAUGGAGGGGUCGUCGAUCGGAGAACAAUUGAAUUGGUGAGAAAAUUGUUUAACGAACGAGAUAGAGAGAAACGUGAACAAAAUAUUGAGGAAAUUGCUAAAAUGGUUGUUGCUAGAAAUGAUAAACGCUCAAAAAUAAGUAAAUUAGCUGAAAUGGUUAAAAAAACAAAAACGUUGUAUAAAGAAAAACGUAAUUAUAACAUAGAGGACCGUGAUUUUAUAGAAUUAGCGGCACUUGUACAAUCACAUAAAAAUGUGAGUGUGCCGAAAAAAGCCUUUUCGGUUCGACAAAUACGCACUCAUGAACGUUUUGGCUAUAACGAAUAUAUAUUCGAUGUAAAUGUGGGUAGUGAGCAUAUGGGGAGUCUACCCGAUUUUUUUGCAUUUUUGUAG